AUGGUCACCAAGGUCGGCAUCAACGGUUUCGGCCGCAUUGGUCGCAUUGUCUUCCGUAACGCCGUCGAGCACGACGAUGUCCACGUUGUGGCCGUCAACGACCCUUUCAUUGAGCCACACUACGCCGCAUACAUGCUCAAGUAUGACACCACCCACGGUCUCUUCAAGGGCACGAUCGAGGUCGACGGCAAGGACUUGACUGUCAACGGCAAGAAGGUUCGCUUCUACACUGAGCGUGACCCAGCCAGCAUUCCAUGGGGCGAGACUGGCGCAGACUACGUUGUCGAGUCGACCGGUGUCUUCACCACCACCGAGAAGGCCCAGGCACACUUGAAGGGCGGCGCAAAGAAGGUCGUCAUCUCCGCGCCUUCCGCCGAUGCACCAAUGUUCGUCAUGGGCGUCAACAACAAGGAGUACAAGUCCGAUAUCCCAGUCAUCUCGAACGCCUCCUGCACAACCAACUGCUUGGCUCCUCUCGCCAAGGUCAUCCACGACAAGUUCACUCUUGUUGAGGGUCUCAUGACCACCAUCCACUCUUACACCGCCACCCAGAAGACCGUCGAUGGGCCAUCCGGCAAGGACUGGCGUGGUGGCCGUACCGCGGCCCAGAACAUUAUCCCAUCUUCGACUGGUGCUGCCAAGGCCGUCGGCAAGGUCAUUCCAGACCUCAACGGCAAGCUUACCGGCAUGUCCAUGCGUGUGCCAACUGCCAACGUCUCUGUUGUUGACUUGACUUGCCGCAUCGAGAAGGGUGCCAGCUACGACGAGAUCAUUGCCGCCCUCAAGGAGGCCUCCCAGGGCGAGCUCAAGGGCAUUCUCGACGUCACCGACGAUGAGAUCGUCUCCUCCGACAUGAACGGCAACCAGCACAGCUCCAUCGUCGACGUCAAGGCCGGUAUCUCGCUCAACAAGAACUUCGUCAAGCUCGUUUCCUGGUACGACAACGAGUGGGGCUACUCCCGCCGUGUCCUCGACCUCCUGGCCUACAUCGCCAAGGUCGAUGCUGGCUCAGCUUAG